CGUGACGUCAUGCAGCCCGUGCCGGAGCGGCGGCGGCUGUGACGUGGCAGAGCGCGAGCGGCGGCCGGUGGGUGCAGCUAUGGGUCUCAGUCUGUCCCAGCUGGUGAAGGACUUCUUCGGCAAGAGGCAAGUCCGGAUACUAAUGGUUGGUUUGGAUGCUGCUGGCAAAACAACCAUUUUGUACAGACUGAAACUAGGGGAAAUUGUAACAACAAUUCCAACUAUUGGAUUUAAUGUGGAAACUGUUGAAUAUAACAAGACAAAUUUCACUGUGUGGGAUGUUGGUGGCCAAGACAAAAUUAGACCAUUAUGGAGGCACUAUUUCCAGAACACACAGGGUCUUAUUUUUGUGGUAGAUAGCAAUGAUAGGGAGAGAAUGCCAGAAGCAGCAGAUGAACUCCGAAAAAUGCUUCAAGAAGAUGAAUUAAGAGAUGCAGUUUUAUUGGUAUUUGCCAAUAAACAAGACUUGCCAAAUGCCUUGUCCGUCAAUGAAGUUACAGAAAAAUUAGGACUACAGUCCUUUCGUAACAGAGUUUGGUACGUUCAAGCUACUUGCGCCACAGAUGGAGCCGGCUUGUUUGAAGGGCUUGACUGGUUGACAAAUGAACUUUCAAAAUCCUAGGCCUGCUGCUACAACUUAGUUUGACAAUUGUAUGUUUUAGUUAACAGAAAAUGUUUGGUUACUUUAGCUUGAGUUGUCAUCGAGUUUUCAACUCAAGUAUUGUGGUUUCUGGAGCUUUUUUGGGAAACACAGCUUGAUUUUGAACUCUUCAUUGUUGCCAGCAUUUGUGGUAGGUUUCAUAAAAUGGAAGUUUAAACAGAUAGUUUAUAGUUAACUCACUGUGGGGAAAAUACAUUUCUUCCAACUAUUUCCUAGUUGAAAUGAACUUGACCAUAACUUCUGUACUAUCUUUAAGAAAUUAACAUUAAGUACAUUUACCUAAUGAACUUUUUUACUUUACCUUUUUAUGAAGUUCUGUAAUACAUCAGGUCAUUCUAAAACAAUCUGCUGAAAAAUUGUAGUUGUAUUGUGAAAAUGGUCACCAGUUACUUUCUAUUUUAAUAAUAUUGGAUGUGCUUCCUGAAUAGAUUUGAGUAGAGAUGGAUACAAAUUUUGGAAUCUGGAAAAUAAUAUUUACCUAAUGGAGAAUUCACUGAUUGCACAGACAUUGCUUUGACUUUAUACUCUCGUUGAUUCUAACAUUAUGGCCAGAACAACCCACUUAUGUUCUGUUGAAACAACUCAAGGUCUUUGUAUUAUAAUAUUUGUGAUACUGGCUAGUUUAAUACAAGAUUAUGGGUUUAAAUAGUCUUGUAGAUACUUGUUUUUGGCAAUAUAACCAGUUUCACAUCUGUCCUCAGUUCUUCCUAUAUAAUGGUACAGAUUCAGUUUCUUUCAUAAAAUAAGCAAGCUGUGUAUUCAACUGUGGUGUAAACAUUAUUAAACAACAAAAAUCAAGUUCUUAAGCAUUCUUUCUUUCGUGUUGGCAUUUCUAUACACUGAAGUUCAAUUGUAUUGAAAGUUGUAACUUUUAAAAUGUUGCCUGUUACUGUUACUAGUGUGUGGUGUUAUUCAGUGUAAUAUAGUUAAUGUUGGUAUAUUUGACCUUGGAUGGGCAAGUCUUCCUAAAACUGGAAAAUCAACUUUCAGAUAAUGAAAGUUGUCUAUGUAAUGUAUUGAUUUUAAAUCUAAUAAAAUAAAGGUUUA